AUUGAAGGGGGGUUUCGUUUAAAUUAGCGUUUGAUAGACGAAAUUACACAUCUUUCUAUUUAUUUACUUUAAACUUGGUUUAAACUUAAUAGUAAACGUCUCUGUUCGGCUCAUUCUCGAGCUCGAGCUUUGAGCUAAUCCAGUUUUUCUCAUCUUUCACUUUAGAAAACCAAAGCAAACGUGCACAGAAGAAAGAGAGAAAAGAAAAGAGAAGAAAAGAAACCAUGGGUUCUGAACAGAAUGAAGGAACCAGCUUCCCUCCAUCUGAGCCGAAGCUUUGUGCCAACGGCUGUGGGUUUUUUGGCUUAGCAUCGAAUAUGAACCUCUGCUCCAAGUGUUAUAGAAACCUCCGGGCUGGGGAGGAGCAAGCUGCAAAGGCGAAAGCUGCCAUGGAGAAAUCCCUCGGUGUCGAAGCAAAGCUGGACGAUGUGGUUGUGGAGGCAUUUAAGCGUGUAGAGGAGCCAUCUCAUUCUCACGUGGCCUCCUUCUCGACGGCAGUUGAGCAACAAGCUACUGUUGUUGUUGUUGCUUCUGAUGAACCGACUGAGCCAAAGCUGGCAAACAGAUGCUUUAUAUGCAGAAAGAAGGUUGGAUUGACUGGGUUCAAGUGCAGAUGUGGGAGUACCUUCUGUGGCGAGCACCGUUACCCGGAAAAACAUGAGUGCACCUUUGAUUUCAAGGGUGCCGGACGAGAUGCCAUUGCCAAGGCAAAUCCUGUCGUGAAAGCCGAUAAGGUGGAGCGGUUCUGAAAGGAACAGAGGCAAGUUUGCUCAAGUCGUGUUAUUGAAUGAAUUUACCUUCUCUGUCUUUCCGGGGUUUCUACUAGGGUUAGGGUCAGUGGAAAGUUGUGGGCUGUUUUAAUGUUCUUGCCAGUGUUAUAUCGGGGUUGGGAAUGAUCGGGACUGUAUUGUUGCCGCUUAAUUUGAUUUCAUUAUCAAAAUGGAUCAAGUGAAUU